GCCCGCAGGAAAUAGUGUCGAGUGCUGAUCGGCGAGAACCCGGUGCUGGGCAAGGGGCUGCUGGCGGCGGCGCAGUCUCUGUAAGCGGUAUGAGUUUGGCUGGGGGCCGAGCCCCACGGAAAACCGCUGGAAACCGGCUUUCUGGGCUCCUGGAAGCCGAGGAGGAAGAUGAGUUCUACCAGACAACUUAUGGGGGUUUCACUGAGGAAUCUGGAGAUGAUGAGUAUCAAGGGGACCAGUCUGAUACAGAGGACGAGGUAGACUCUGACUUUGACAUCGAUGAAGGAGAUGAACCAUCCAGUGAUGGGGAAGCAGAAGAGCCCAGAAGGAAGCGCAGAGUCGUCACGAAAGCCUAUAAGGAGCCUCUAAAGAGCUUGAGGCCUCGCAAGGUCAGUACCCCAGCAAGCAGCUCCCAGAAGGCCAGAGAGGAGAAGACGCUGCUGCCACUGGAGCUACAGGACGAUGGCUCUGACAGCCGCAAGUCCAUGCGUCAGUCUACAGCUGAACACACACGACAGACGUUCCUUCGGGUUCAAGAGAGGCAAGGACAGUCCCGGAGGCGGAAGGGUCCGCACUGUGAACGACCACUAACCCAGGAAGAGCUGCUCAGGGAGGCCAAGAUCACUGAAGAGCUCAACUUACGUUCACUCGAGACCUAUGAAAGGCUUGAGGCUGACAAAAAGAAGCAGGUUCACAAGAAGCGGAAGUGCCCUGGGCCAAUAAUCACCUACCAUUCAGUGACGGUGCCACUUGUUGGGGAGCCUGGUCCCAAGGAAGAGAAUGUGGAUGUGGAAGGACUUGAUCCUGCUCCUACAUCCUCUGCACUGACUGCACAUGCUGGCACUGGACCUGCCGUCCCUCCUCCUCACUGCUCACGCACCUUCAUCACAUUCAGUGAUGAUGCAACGUUUGAAGAAUGGUUCCCCCAGGGGCGACCCCCAAAGGUCCCUGUUCGGGAGGUCUGUCCAGUGACCCACCGUCCAGCUUUGUACCGGGACCCUGUUACAGACAUACCCUAUGCCACUGCUAGAGCCUUCAAGAUCAUCCGUGAGGCGUACAAGAAGUACAUCACUGCCCACGGACUACCACCCACUGCCUCAGCGCUGGGCCCCGGGCCCCCACCCCCUGAGCCACUCCCUGGCUCUGGGCCCCGAGCCUUGCGUCAGAAGAUUGUCAUCAAAUAGAGGCACCUGACCCCUACCUAAAGUCCCUCUCCUGACCUGGCUCCACUCUGCCCCUCCCUUCCCAUCUCUGUCCUUGUUGACCUUUGCCAUGGUUUUUCCUUAGGUCCUCCCUAGUCCAUUGUUUGCUUGUGCUCUUCGGUUUUUUAAUCUAAUAAAGUGGUAGAAAUGUAAAA